UCAUCUGCCUGAAAGACUUGAUGGGACAGGAUACGAAGAGGCGGAGAGGGGAGGACUGGCAGUUCCGAAGUGCUCCCCUCUCCUCCCCUCCCCUUCCCUCCCCCUUUCAUUCCCUCCCUCUCGCUCCCCUAUCGCCUGGUGGAGCCAACUUCAAAUGCAGAGUCUCAGGCACUUUUAGGGAGUCUGGCAGCUGUCUGCCCAAGGGGGAUCAACUGAGCUGCGGGACCUCUGCUUGAAGGGGAGGCUGGGGCAGGGAACCCAGGGUCCUGCAAGGAUCAUGCUGCAAGGCUACCCUGCCUGAGUGGGGGGCCCUCAGGGGUUCCCGGCUCUUAGAGAGCCCAAUGGUGCUUGCCAAGACUGCUCUCUGGGUGCUGCUCCUGGCUAUUCUGGGUUCAGCCCUAGGGCGUGGCGGCAGGCGCAGGGGCUGCAACAUAACAGACGUGCUUCGACAUUACCGCGCUGUCAUUUUCGAGGAGUUACAGGCAGUGAAAAACUUGCCUGGCACCCGGGUUCUCAGGCGACGGGGAAGAGGGCGAGCAGGGGGCGCCUCCUGCAGGGCAGAAAAGGAGCACCGUAUCUUGAUGUCUAUCUCGUCCAUUGGACGGGCUCUGCUCAAGGCAGUGGCCGAGACCGGGGCCGGAUCCCCACACCGCCGCAGGACCCUGGAGGAGGCUGUGUGGACCGUGGCCGUGGACACUGAGGCAGUGACCCGAGACUACUGCGGGACUCUGCAUCAGCGAAGCCAGAAGCGGCUGAGUCAGGAGUGGCAGGAGCGGAAGCAGGGUCCUGAGAUGGAGCCAGAGCUGAACCUGGAGCCGGCCCUUGUCUCGGGUCGGAGUCGGGGUCGGGGCCAGAAACGGCGUCUAUUGGGAGCCGUGGAACACUUGGCUGCCUGCUGGGAGAAACUGUUCUCUCUGCGCUCCCAGGCUUCGGCUGCGGGGAGCUACUACUAGCCGGGAAGAAAUGGGGUUUGGGGGAGGGGAGGUCCUCAGUGAGUUCUCUGUCCCCUGGGUCUGGGGGGAGGGGCGGUUUCUGGACUUGAGAGGGGGAAUGGUUGGCCUAUGGCUUCUCCCUGCCUCAUCUCUCCUCCUAACCUCCAGUGUGCUCCACUAGGUGUGUGAUUGGGGCAGGGAGGAAAGGAGAAUUCUUCCUCUUUUCACUUGGAUGCAGCCUGGUAAUCUGAGGGCUGGGGUGGAGGCGGGGGUGGGUGGGGUUUAAGGCUUAAAUAGUCCUUAUUUACGCUUCAUCAGUUCACCUCUUAUGGACUGAGUUUAUCUCCUGAGAGCCAGAUGGGUAUUGAGAGUGGGAGCCCCAGUUCUGUGUCCCAGAACGACAUGAGCAAUUUACUCUUUUGUACGGUGCUAAAAGUGAUAUUUGGGGGAUUGAUCUAUCUUAAUGCACUUCCCUAACUCCGCACUGAAGACUAUUCUGGACUAACAUCCCUCAGAGCCCAGGAGGAAGCUGCACCUCUGUACUGUCUGGUGCUGGCAAUGCUUAACCCAGUCCAAUCAGCGAUUCUCCCCAAGGAUCUGGCCCUUGGGUCAGGGCCAUAUCCCCGCUCUCGAGGCCUCAGGGACUGGUGGAUGGCUAGACUGAAGCUGGAGGGAAAAGUGAUAUAAAGGUCAUCAGAUAAUGAGCUAGUGCCAGGUUUAUGGACACAAAACAGGAACUGGGGCUUCUCGAACAAUUUGAAGAAAUGAAGAAUAGCUUCUGUCAGCAUGUUAACUUGAAAACUGUUACACGCACCUUCUUCCCCACUACUCAGGUCCUUUGUUCCACCUCAGGCUGGGGUUCCCAAAAGAAGAUAGGUUUGUAAGUGGGGGGAUGCAUCAUUAUUUACCUGAGUAUGUCUGGCACAGAUUUCCAGUUACUUCUUUGAAAAUCCUUCCUCCUCACCUCUAUCCCCAAUACUUCCUGUAAAUAAAUGGUAUUUGGCUAUUAACACCCAGUAAUUAUACUAGGCUGGAAUUGACUUAUUCCUGCACUAACCUGUCCCAGUACUCAUUUUUCUGGGCACUAACUUGCCUGGACUUGCUCAGGUAUUUCAUCUGCCCAGAGACUGACCCUUCCAGGCAUCAAUAUAUCUAGUAGAAGCCCCUGAACUGGAGUAGAGGUAUGCACAGCUCAGUAUCAUGGAGAGGGGAGUGGCUCCGACCCACCUUGAUUCUGCAGCCCAGUCUAUCCUGUUCCAUAGAGAAGGCAGUAGAGUAGGGCCCUUACAGUUAUAGGGAAGGGAAGUAAGGGAAUUUCUGGGCCUUAGUCCUUGGUUUGCUCACAGAGAAAGGCCAUUCUAAACCUGAUCUUCCUCCAGUUCUCUGUAGUUACUGGUGUCUGGGGGAUAACUUUCAACUAGAUGGAUCCAGAGAUCUUGCAUUAGAGGCUGUUUGUGGGGUGACCAGGAACCAAGACUGGGAUGGAACACUGACUCAGUUUUUCCAGAAUCACAGUCUAGAUUUCAACCAUACUGCAGCUCAGACAUUCACACUACUUUGCUCACACCACCUUUGGACUGGCCUGAGCCUCCUUGUGACACUCCUGCCACCACCCCACCCCCUCCCUUUAUUCCUCCAUCCCAGCUUUCUGUGAUAAGCCUAGUUGCACUGCAUGGAUUGCCUUAGAAUCUUUGAAUUCCCUAUUGGGUCACUAGAAUCCCAAGGAAAAAGGACUCCUCUUCAUAUAUAGCGCAGCCCUUCUGAGUUUCAUGACAAGGGAAAAUGGAGAAUUGCAUUUGGGCUUUGGAGACCCCAUCUGAUUCUGAUUCCUGCCUUUUAUUAACCCUUUCUCACUUCAGUCUUGUUCCAUGUAAAAUUUCACCCCUUUCUGUAUUUGUCUAUCUUACUGGUAAGGGGAUAAAGUGACUUUUGCAGCAGGGGGGACCUGAACCCUAAACCUUUUCUCCCAGAAGGCCACUUCUGUGAUUUUGAUAUUCAGCCGAGGUUUUCUGGGCAUAAACCUUCCCAAUUCCCAGAGGCAAGUAGGGCUCUCCCACAGGAUGUUGGGCGUUAGUUAUCCUUCUGAGUCCCUGUUCCCAUUCCAGGCAUAGUGACCUAAAAAGGUACCUUAGUAAUCCAGGAAAAUGAUUCACACUAAUGGGAAGUCUCCUCUAAGCCAAACUGUGUUGGGCCAGGUUCACCUAGGCAGAAUUUGUUCUGGACAAGCUCACCUGAGUGAUGCUUCCUUGGUAAGGCUGAUCUGGAUCUCUCAGCUACUUCUGAGAGAAGGUCUGCAUGAUCCUUCUUAGAUCCACUUCACUUCUACCCCUACUCCCUUGCCUCUAGACCAAAACAGCCUCCCUGCUAAUGUCCCUAGUUAUCCCAGAAGUCUGAGGAGUUGGGAGGGAUAAUUUUGAUUUAGUUUUGUAGUCAGAUGUACAUGUACUGAGGCCACCAGGGGUCAGUAUGACCUGGGGUGGGCAAGGGGUUCCCCAGAGUCCAGUUCCAACCCCACAGAGUCCUCCCCUCCCACUCACCCUUCUCCCUUCUCAAGAGUCUUGGCUAUGUUAGUGGCCAGCAGAGGGCAGACUUAGGACAUAUUGGGCAGUUUCUCCUUUAAGGGAUCCUGGGAGAUGACUGACUCAGAAGAUCCAAGAAGGAUCCUUGCUCUCAGAUCCUGUUUAGUUUUUAUCCCAUCCUAGCCCUCAGGUUCCUUCCUGAUCCCAGUCCUCAUUCCUUCCAAGUCUCCCUUUCCUCCCAUCUGCAUUUGUGAGAAGAUGGAAGAGAUGGAGAAAGUUAGGACCCUCCUUCCCAAUGACAGACAUUGGGGGUGGGGGUAGGGAAUGGAGAUUAAGGAAUAUCUGCUCGGGAUGGAGUUGGGUGAUUGUCACAGUUCAUUACAAUGUAAUGAGGCGUUGCCCUAAAUUAAAGACCCCUGAAUUUAUGUGGAUAAUAAUUCAGUUAGGGAAAGAGGGAUGCACAGGAAACUUGUCUGACUUUCCAAGCAAUUAUGGAAUGAUAGAAUUUAAGAGCUAGAAGGGAUUUCACAUUGGCCAUCUAAUCCAACUCAGACCUGGAAGGAAAUGUCACUAUAACAUACCCAGUAAGUGGGCAUCCAACUUCAGCUUGACGACUUCCAUUGAAGGGGAACCCCACCCCUUUUUGAAGUAGCCCACAUCCCUUUGGAAAAGAUCUAAUUGUUUAGGAGGUUUUUCCUGACAUCAAGUUUAGGCUGUCUUCUUUGCUGCUUCCACCUAUUUCUUGUUUCAUUCCUCUGGAGCCAAGAAGAACAAAUCUAAUGCCUCGACUACAUAAUAACUCUUCAACCUUUCCCAGUCAGGACUUGGUGGUGAUUUCUCACUAUGUCUCCCUUGUAAGACUCAGUAUAAGGUCAGAGGAAAUUUACAGGCAGCCGGGCUUGAGAUGUUAGGAGUUAUGACUCACAGGAUCUAGUUUCCUCCCCCAAAGCCAAACGGGUUUUCAGGCCCAUUUCCCAAGGGGAACUCUGUUUGCAAGUAUGUCCAUAUGUGCCUGUCUAUGUGUAGCUAUUUCUCUAUUCAACUCAACAUUUAUUGAUGAAUACUCUUGUGUGCUGAGCCCUGCAAGGCACAGUUCUGAGCACUGUAAGGAGGACAAAAGAGUAAGAGGGGAUACAUUUUUUUGGUAAUUUGUUGUGUUAUACGUAUAUUUCCUUGUCUGCUUCUUGAUUAGGUGGAGGGGAAAUUAGGCAAGCGCACAAGUGGAUCCGUUAUCUCUUAGGUCCUAGUGUUUCCACCUCUACAGAGAGCCACAAGUUAUCCAUGACUUUUCAUUCUUCGUGAUUCUUGUCCAUAAGUACUCCGCGAAUUCUUUCCAACGGGAUGGAGGAUUUCCUUUGGUUCUUUUAAUAGAUAGCAGUGCAGUGUUCAGGUUCUUCUAGUACUCUUCCUCACUACAGCGACUAUCCUACCUUAUUUUCAGGUUAUAUAUCUCCUUGAUGAUGCCUUACGUGUCAUUUCUCAAACAAAUAAUUGUUGGCGAUAUAACUCCUUUAUAUGUGUCUCCUCGUUGGUCUUUUGGAUGGUCUAUCCUUUUUAUCCUUCUGAGUUUCUUGUUCCUUAAUUCACAGUUAGAUGGUGAAAGGAAGGAGAAAAGCAUUUAAUAAGUACCUAUUAUGUAUGAGGCACUGUGCUAAAUGCUGUACAAAUAAUUUUUUCUUUGAUUCUCAUGAUAAUCCUAUGGCUUAGAUUCUAUUAUUUUCCACAUUUUUCAGAUGAGUGAACUGAGGCAGAAAGCAGUUAAGUGAUCUAUUCAGGAUCAUAUAGCUAGUAAGUAUGUGAAGCCAGAUUUAAAUUUGGGCCUUCCUUCCUCCAGGCCCACUGUGCCACCUGCUGCAGUAUUGAUGUUGAAAAAAAUGGAUUUUUGUGGCAACUCAUGAUAAUGAAAAGCCCAGAACAACUUCCCAAAUGUGAUUUAGACUAAUUUUUCCUUUUCUUUAUGGGGCCAUUAUUCCUCCGUGUGAACUGACACUUUCCCCUUAGUGGAAAAACCUCAUCAGCCUUGGUACUUCUCAUCACUGCCUCUUUGAUAGGAGGGUGGAAGUAUGCUCUUAAAUCUCUGUUUAGGUAUGGAACUUAGACAUCUUGUCAUUUCUCAUCUAGUUGCACUACUUUGGGACUUCACCAUACCCCAUAUCAAAUCCUUCCCCUGUCAGAUUGUAAGUUCUUGAGAGCAGCAACUUUCUUUUUUUCCCAUAUUUGUAUCCCUAGUGCUUAGUAUAGUGCCUUGCAUAUAGUAGGUGUCUAAUAAAUGCUUAUUGAUUAUUGACUGAAGAGUCGACUAACUUUUUGGUCUGCUCAUCCAACUGCAUGCCACUAACUGGAUAACAUGCAUUUUUUCCCCCCACUGGGUUUCUCCAUCAUGGAGGGCUAAAUUGAUGUCUUUUGAGUAGCCAUGAACCUCACUGAGGAGACUCUAGUAUUCUGAGACUCGGUGCAAUAUUUAUAAUAUUAUCUACAAACUGGAACAUCUAUAGAUUCUUACUCCAAAUACGGAAUCCCUCUUCUAUUUGGACUUUGAAUAGAACAUCUCCACGAUUCUAGAGAACAAAUGUCUUCCUGUUUUAUACCUGGCUUUAUGUUCAAUUUCAAAAGAUCAUUAAACAAAGUUAUGUUUCUAAAUAUUUGUCAUAUACUCUUGCAUGAUCUUAGCACUCAAAGGGAACCUUUUAGGUGACCUAUCACCCUACUCAGUCAAAUACUUUUUUGGAAUCAACAAACAACAAAACACAGCAGGUUGUUACAUUCUUGACCUCUCAAUUAGUUGUGUGACUAUGAAGAUGUGGUCUGUUAUAAAAAAUAAUGUGCAUAAGCCUGCCUGUUCCCUUCUCAUGUUUUCAUAAAGAAUAAUUUCAAAGAUGAUUACCAUAAUAACUAUAUUUUGGUGUCAUUAUCUUCUUAAUUGCCUUUUUUGGAUAAUAUGAACAUUUUGAUUAAACAAAAUAUCUUUCUCUCUUUCAGCAGUAUCUUGAAAGUUGAUUCCUGAUUGAUUAUAAAAUUGUGUUUUGUCUAGCAGCUUUCCCUCAGUGGAUUUGGUCAGGUCUUACUCUUUCUGAUCACAUCUUUUUAAUCUAAAAGUGUUGGUUCCACUGUGAUCAAAAUCAAUAAUAGAUAUGUUCCAAUUCACAUCCAUUUGUUCUCCUUUUUCCCCUAUUCCAUAUAAAAAUACACUUAGGAUUAUAUGGCUUAGCUCAGUUAUCACACCAAGCUUUCUUUAGCAGUAUUCUCUUCUUUCUUCUCUUUUGCUUUUUUUUUUUGGUAAGGUGAUAUUGAACAUAAUUUAACAUUGUAUGUAAUGCUUUGCAAGUGAACGUAUUCUUUAAAUAUUUGUUGCCCUUGGUGGCCCCUUGCUUGGCAAAGAGAUCUAGUGUUUGUUAGCUGAGACAAUUUCUGAGCUCUUUUGGCAUCCUCAUCAUGGCAAUUUUUCAUCAGAUGAAAUUUCUCCAAGAAAUGGUGAUAGGCAUAGCACAGUCAAUGUCUUUAGUCUGUUUCCCUUUUGGAAGGAGACAAUGGAUUGCUUUUACAAAUUUAGAAUUGCUAUAAUCACAUACUGUACUAUCUUGUUUUUAUCAUUUUUUAAUUUUGCAUUUACCUUGCCUUUUAUAUUAACUAUUCAGUGAUCUGAGUGCAUACAGGCAGAUGAUAUGUGAAAAACUUUCAUAUCAGUGAUUGAUUGUUUCCUUUUCAUCAAAUUAUCAAUAAUUUAAUUUUAUUUGGUGAUAUUGCCUUGUUUUCAUCAUGUCCAUUGCUUCCAGAUAGUCUUUCAAGAGAAAAUAUUCAUGAUAUACAGAACAUAACUAAUAAGUAAUAUAAGUAAUACAAAUAAUCACCAAACUCUUGCCACUCUCAUUUUAUAAGUCUUAACUGUUUUCCAACAAGGAUUUUGCUGUUCUUUCCUUUUGCAUUGAAAUGACCAGCUUCUAAGUAUCUUUGUCUUGAUUUAGAGGAUAUUGUCAAGUUAUGUGUAGAAUUCCUCUGUUUUCAUCCUCUGCAACAGAGUUGGCACAUAAGCUGCAAUAGCAGUUGGUGGAUUUUGAUGAAGUGCCCUGUGUAGUGAUUUCUUGUCAUCUUGGGGGGCAUGUUGGGGGCAUGUUGAAACUGAUUUUGACAACUCUUUUAUAGGUUUUGCUGAGGAGAACUUGUAAGCCAGUCUUCCAUUGGCUAUAAUCUGUUUACUUUCUAGACAUUUAUAGGAGGAAUGGAUGUGAUUCAAUUUCUUCAGUAAUUCAUCCACUUAUUGGUAAAUAUCUCACAUUUAGAUGAUCCACAAGUAAAUGAAUGUUUGUAGGUGGUUAAAAAUGACAAGAUUCUUAGCAUCCUGUCUCCUUUUCUUCUACCAUAAUGGAAAAACUAUAGAAAUGGAAAUGAACUACAAGAGGACUAAAGAUUAUAUUGUAUUUCUAUCUGUUUUAUGAAAUUCUGUGUUCAAGGAAUUCACCAUGUAGCAGUUAACUUUUGAAGAAUGAACUCUUCUAGGCUAUUCCUUUGGAAGAAGAUACAAUUUUUUAACUCUUCCAUUAGACUCCAAACUCCUUGAAAAUAAUGACUUGUUUAAAAUAUCUUAAAAAAAAUUUUUUUUUAGCCUUUCAUUGUAUCCCAAAUACUAAGUGCUGUACUUAGAACAUAGUAGGGACUUCGUAAGGUUUAUUUAACUUACUUUAGCAUUUACCUAAUGUCUGAGUGUUAGAUCUAUCUCUGAGACUGUAUAUAAAAUGUUACCAACUUAAUAAGGCUUGCCAGAGCUUGUAUUGACAUAGUUUUCUAGAACCUAAGGUUCUAGACUUUCUUAAUGAAGUCUAAAAAAUGGACAGACCCUCCCCACAUACUCCAAACUUUCAUGAAGCCAGGACAAAUUCUGAUUGUAUGAGAGUAAAUUUGAGAUUAUAGAAAGCUCCAAUGAGUUUGUUUUAGAGAGCCAAUGUGAACCUAUCCCCAAACCAGAAGUUGGAAGAAUCAUUGUCUUCUGGGACCAUGAAGGAGAUGGACACUUCCAGCCUAGUGAGGAUCAUGAAGCUCAACUUUACUCAAAACUUAGACCAAAGUGUUAAGAUCCAGGCUAGAAAUGGGUAGUUUUAUUCUAAUGGCCUUCCUUUGGUUUGAGAUAUAUAUAUAUAUAUAUAUAUAUAUAUAUAUAUAUAUAUAAAGUUAUGUAUCCUUAUUGUAAAUAGAUGCUAGAAAACCCUGCUUUUGAUGGAUGAAGUAUGGAGAGAGAGCAAGCAGAUUUUAGAACUAAGCAUCUCAUUAUAGUGCAGUGUCAUAAGAAGGGGAUCGGGGCCAUCAGGGAUUGGUUGAGGCAAAUCUCUAAAUCCAGAUAGCUAAGGAGGUUCAAAAGGCAUGGAAGUCAGAAGACAUGGAGCCUCAAAUUGGGGUUCAGGGAUUUGGAAAUGUUUAAAAAGUGGUGAGAGUCCUAGAAUAGGGCAAAGAUACCCUAGACUAUCUCCAAGGAUGUAUUGCUAUCCACAGGAAGUUGGGCCAGAUUAACAAAGCUUAAAGCUUAGGGCUAAGUGGUAUUUCAUAGUUACCUUGCUUUCGUUGAACUCAAAACCAAAAGGAGCAACUAGAUAUUGCUGUUGAGUUGUUUCAAUUGUGUCCCAUUCUUCAUGACUCCAUAUUUGGUGUUUUCUUGGCAAAGAUACUGGAAUGGUUUGCCAUUUCUUCCUCUAACUCAUUUUAAAGAUGAGGAAAUUGCGGCAAACAGAGUUAAGUGACUUACCAGGGUGACGUGGCAGUCAGUGUCUGAGGCCAGAUUUGAACUCAGGAAGAUGAGUCUUCCUGACUCCAAGCCCAGCACCCUAUCCACUGGGCCACCUAACUGCUUUUUAGGAGAAAUUGGACAUAAAUACAGUAUCUACAACAAAAGACAUAUGUUGUAAGUACUAUAAGAGAGGAAGAGAAUGUUGAAGAAGCCCAGAGGAAGGAGAGGACACUGCCACCUUCGGAAUUGAUGGAAAACACUUUACAGAGUUGGUAGAAAUGAGUUAGACCUUGAAGGACCAGGGGUGAAGGAAGGGUGAGAGGAAGGAGGGAAUCCAUGCCAGGCUAGGAUCUAAGCAAAAUAAAGCCUGGAAAAGCCCCAGCACCUUUGGGGGAUGGUGAGCAAGUGGGCCAGUUUUUCUGAAGGAAGAAUUGCAUGAUAUAUGGUUAGAAUGAGGGAUGGGAGUGGACUGAGGAGUUUGGUUCUCAUUUGACAACAGGGAGUCACUGAACCCUUGUGCAAAGGGAAAAGCUAUUCUGUCAUUCAUUAUUCCAUAAAAGGGUCAUAUAUUCAACACUGGAGGAAAAUCAGAGAUGAGUAAGAUAGGCUCCCUGCUAAAAGAGAACUCAUUUGUCUAGAAUGGUUAUCUGUACAUUAGGAAGGAUGAAUUGGAAAGUGGAGAGACAGGAGACGGGAAGCUCAGUAGGCAGCUACUGCAAUAAUCUGAAUGAGGAAAGAGUUCUCAGUCAAGGUUUUGACAAUAGGAAAAAAAGGAGGUGGGAGAUGUGGAGGCAUUAUUAAACUCUUUGCACAGAUUUUUGCUCCUCUUUUCUGGCCCACAAGGUCUGGUCUUCCAUCCCUACCACCAUUUUUAGGCUCUGAGUCACCCUACCCAUCAUGGACUUAGAAACUAAUCAGAUAGGAAGGUGGGGGGUGAAGGAAAGGAAAUGAUCAAAAGUGACCCUGAUCUUUUGAACCUGGGUGACUAGAAGGGUGAUUAUGCCAUUAACAGACAUUGGAAAGUUGGGGGGAGGGACAUGUUUUGGGGAGAAUGUGAUUAGUUAGGUUUUGGAUUGUACCAUAUUUGUGUGUUUUCCAUGGGUGUGACUGUAUGUUCAUUUCUAUGUCCCUGAGUAUAUGUAUGUGUUCUCAUUUGGGGUGAUCAUGGGAAAAAGAGAGGGCAGGGGAGGGGCCUUAGAAGGACAAAGCCAAAAAUGGAAUGAGAUCCAGGGGGAACCUCUAGGGCUUUAGGUGAAUUCAGAGCAAAAACAACCGGAAAAAGGAAACUGGUGAGAAGAGGAAACAGAAAUAACUCAGAGCUGCCCGGGGCCAUCUAAGGGAUAGGAGGCUGCUUCCUCCAUCUCUGGGAGGGUCUAGUUCCCUAUCUGCCUCUCCUCUUAACUGAAUCUAGUUAUUUUUCACUCUGGUGCCUCCAUUCACAGGGUUUGAUUGCUCCUUUCCAAACCUGACUCCCUCUAGAGGCUUAGCCCCUCUUCUCCCUGUCCCCUAAACAGGGGACUCUCCCUCCAUUUACAGUAUCUUGUCCCACAAUUCCUAAAGGAUAUUAUUCCUGCUUCCCACUCCCACCCCAAGUCAUAGACUGGUUACUCUUCCCUGGCAGGAUCUGGUUUUCCAAUCUGUCCCUUACUUAGAGUAUCUGGUUCCCCUCCCUUUUUAGAGUUUAGUCCUAGGAGUCUUGGUCAUGGGCACAGAGUAGGAUAUGGCCACCUGUCACCCAAUUUCCCUGGUUCUAGGGAAGGAGGAUCAGCAAGACUGAUUGUCACCAUCUUACCCCACCCCCAGCCAGCCUGAGGCCACUGAGUAUUUCUGCCAAGUGUCAAUUAAGUGCCAGUUGCCAAGGCCCAGUGUCAAGGGCUCUAGAAACUCUUGCUUCAUCCUCUGGAGUGAUGCCUCAAAGAAGAAGGUUCCCCUGAGGGAUCCCUUUUCCCUUUCCCACAUUUGUAGCUUUGUCAGGCUUUGUUAAGAGCUGCCCUGGGAUGAUCCUCAUCUAUAUAUUGUCAUGUGUUGUGGAAAUACUACCCAGGCUGGGUGAGUGGUUGAGGUCAUCGGCCUCCCUCCUUCCCUCACUCCUUCCUCUAAGGCUUGGAGUAACAAGCAGAGAGUGUCAAGUCCUUUAGAAAGGUCUUCCCCAGUAAGUUAGUGGGAGGAUAGAGUGAGGGGCAAGGCACAGAUAAUGCCAAGCAAAGAAUAAUCUCAUGCUCAAUUUUGUGUGGGGACAUUGUUGACUGCUCUGUUAAGUUCAUCUUCUGCUUGCGCUCAGUCACGGUCAAGGGAUUUUGCUGCCCGAGUCCAGGCUAACUUACUAGUAUCCCCUCAGGAGACCCCAGGGUGAAGACGAGAAUGGUUUCUUCCUCUUCAGUACUCAGCAGGUGGCCUUUGACUUAGGCACCCUGUAAAGAAAGGGGGUAUCUUUGGUAACCUUUGGGGAUGAACUGAAUGACUAAUUGUUUUCUUUUUCUUUUUUUUCCUGGAUGAUGGGAAGAACUAUCUGUGACAUUAUAUGAUGAUAUUUCCUUCCUCUCUCUGGGGGAGAGAUAGAGACAGAGUUUAAUUAGUGAGUGAGUCAGUGGGGAAUAUAUGGGUGGAGAAUGAGAGAAGGACACCUAGAGCCUUCCCCACUGACUAAUAUUUGACAUGAUUUUCUGUAAGACAAAUGAGUGCUGUCUAGGGCUUUGGCUAGGAUGAUGAUAUGGGGUGCAUGUGUGUGUUGUCAGGGUGGAAGGAAAGGCACUAGGAGUGAGUGUGAGUGUGUGUGUGUGUGUGUGUGUUGGUGGCAGUGGAGUUGUUAAAAUCAUGGUAGGUCACUCCACAAUGGACCAGUAAAAUUGGGAGGAGCCACAGAGUUUUCUCCAACCUAUAUUGUCUCAUUUUCUUUCUUUGUAUAUGGCCUUGGGUGGAAAGAAUAUUAGAUUUGGAGUAAGAAGACCUGGAUUUGAGUUCUAGCUUUGUGCUGUUGGAAGUUGUAUCAUCUCUCUGUUUCCUCAGUUAUAAAAUGGGAUUAAUGAUAUGUGUAUCAUGAGUGAAGUGAGGCAUAAAACAGAAAGGCAUAUCCUUGCCAGAGAUAUUUGGCACUCUCUUCCACAAAGUCUAAUUGUAAGAGUAAAUCCUUAUGGGUAAGUUUUUCCAGAUACUCCUAUGGACUGAUUUCCAGAUACUGCCAUUGUGUUGACUUAAGUGAGCCCUCAAGGAAGUAUAGAGCCUUUUUUAUGAAAUCCAGGACCACUUAAAAGAGAUUGGUCAGAAAGGGUGCUAAAAGACUGUCUGCCCUUUGAUCCAGCCAUAGCACUGCUGGGUUUGUACCACAAAGAGAAAAUAAAGAAAAAGACAUGUACAAGAAUAUUCAUAGCUGCGCUCUUUGUGGUGGCCAAAAAUUGGAAAAUGAGGGGAUGCCCUUAAAUUGGGGAAUGGCUGAACAAAUUGUGGCAUAUGUUGGUGAUGGAAUACUAUUGUGCUCAAAGGGAUAAUGAAGUGGAGGAAUUCCAUGGGGACUGGAACAACCUCCAGGAAGUGAUGCAGAGUGAGAGGAGAACCAGGAGAACAUCAUACACAGAGACUGAUACACUGUGGUACAAUUGAAUGUUAUGAACUUCUCUACUAGCAGCAAUGCAAUGAUCCAGAACUAUUCAGAGGAGCAUAUGAGAAAGAACACUAUCCACAUUCAGAGGAAGAAUUGUGGGAAAAGAAACACAGAAGAACAACUGCUUGAUCACAUGGGUUGAUGGGGAUAUGAUUGGGGAUAUAGACUCUAAAUGAUCAUCCCAGUACAAAUAUCAAUAAUAUGGAAAUGGGUCUUGAUCAAUGACACAUGUAAAAUCCAGAGGAAUUGUGCAUCAGCAGUAGGGGUUGGGGGGAGAGGAGGGAAAGAACAUUAAUCUUGUAACCAAGGAAAAAUAUUCUAAAUUAACUAAUUAAAUAACCCCCAAAUAAAAAAUAACAGGGGGCAUGGUGCUAUUGUCUUUUUAAAUUUUAUUUAUUUUUCAUUUUGUUAUUUUCAUGCAAAACAUACUUCCUGUAAUUUGGGGGGACUCACUCCUUAGAUGGAGAAAUAAGGGUUGAAGGCAGUGAGAAAAGAGUUGAUGAAAAUGGCUUCCCUCACUACUCCCUCCCAGAGUCCCUGAAUUACUUGAGGGAGACAAAAAUGGAGAUCUCCCCUCCAUGAAGGCUUGCCCCAUGAUAGCAGUGCCAGCCCUCAAAGGUGGCAGGGAAGUCUUUUCUACGAGGAAAGGAAUGUGGGACCUCAAUCUGGAUAUGCGCUGCUUUGGAGUGUGCCAAUGGGUUUAUGCUCUAGAUGUAAAUAAACAAGAUUGAAUUCA